AUGGUGGGGGGAGCUUCCUGCCAGCGGGCCGCCCCAGGGUCCUGCCUCAGUCUCCGCUCGCCCCUCGAGUCUCCCCACUUCUCUUGCCUUCCUCCUUCGCCUCCUGCCUCAGCAGCACCCGCCUCCCACCAGGCCCAGACGCGGCCCUCGCUGCCCCCCGGGAGGACCAUGCAGUGCAGCUGCACAGUCGAGGGUGCCCCUGCCGGCCCGGGCAGCCCCUGGAUCUCAGGCGUGGCCUUCCCAGACUGGGCCUGCAAGGCCGAGUCGUCCCCAGGCUCCCGGCAGAUCCAGCUGUGGCACUUCAUCCUGGAGCUGCUGCAGAAGGAGGAGUUCCGCCAUGUCAUCGCCUGGCAGCAGGGAGAGUACGGGGAGUUCGUCAUCAAGGACCCCGACGAGGUGGCCCGCCUCUGGGGCCGCAGGAAGUGCAAACCCCAGAUGAACUACGACAAGCUGAGCCGGGCCCUCCGAUACUACUACAACAAGAGGAUCCUGCACAAGACCAAAGGCAAACGGUUCACGUACAAGUUCAACUUCAGCAGGCUGGUCGUGGUCAACUACCCUCUGUGCGAGGUGUGGGCUCCGCCUCCCCCCCAAGUGCUGCUGGGGGCCCCCGCCCUCCUCCGGCCAGCCCUGCUGCCCAUGGGCUUGCCCAGCGAGCUCCUGCAUAGCCUGCUGCUUACCCAGCGGGCCACGGCUGAGCAGCUGGCUGGACACCAGACCCCCCACGGGCUGCCAGAGGCCACUGAGGACAAGAAAGGGAGCAGCAGCGGCACCCCCCGCCUUGGCUCUCUCCCGGGCCCCUGCCAGCUCAGCCCUUGCUGCAUCCUGGGGAGCCUCCAAGACCAGCCACCCAAUCUGGCAUCCUUCCCCCCUCCCCUCCCACCCUCCCUCCCUGCCGACUGGACCCACCUCUCAGGGCCCUUCCUGCCUCCUGUCCUCCCGGAGCAGGAGCAGCGGUUCCCAGGGGCCUCCAAGCCAGACAGCCUGCUCCCAGGGCCCAGGGGCCUCACAGGGACCCACCCCUUUCUGGGACUCCCCCUGUUGGCUGGGCUGGGACAGGGGGGUGGUGAGAGGCUCCGGCUCUUGUCGCUGAGGCCCCAGGGCCUGGAGGUGAAGCCCUGUCCCAUGACGGGUGCAAAGAGACACCUGGACCCCCGGGACGGCUUCUCCUCAGACAUUCACGGACCCAAAACUGGGGACAAAAGCCUCGUGUCCCCCCGGCUGGAGAACUUCAAGGCAGUGUGGCCCUUGGACCCUCCUUAGGUGGGGAAGAGAUAGGGGGUAGGGUCCCCCAAACUCCAUCCCUCCUCUCGUCUGCUUCCUUUCUGGCUUUGCCUGGCCCAGCUUUGAAGGAGUGGAGCUGGACAAAAAGAGGUGGGGAGCCUUGCAGGGGUGAGGAAGAUUGAGGCAAGGCCCCCCCUUCCCAUCCAGUUGUCAAUCAGAUUAAGGAGACAGUUUUCAUCUCCACUUUCUUCAAGGGGCCCAGCCCCCCAGCUGCCCACACAAGGGAGAAAGUGGGCGUCUGGGUUGGGGGUCAGGGGUCAGCAUGCCCUGAGUGUUAGGGCCCAGGCCCCUCCUCCAGGCCCCACUCCCAGUCUCUGCCCCGCCCUCCUCACACUCCUCCACCAGCCCUGGGAGCUCCUGCCCACUCAGACACUUCCUUCUGUCAUCACCUUCCCCCAACUCCUGAGACCCAAGGGCCUGGGGCAGGGAGGGACUGGCCUCGUGGGUUCUGUAAUUUUGCCCAGCAGACCGUGAAUAAAAUGCCCUUGGCCACCUG